AUGUCAUCACAAGUAUAUACCAAUCAAAACAACAACCCGGUCCCAAUACGGCUGGUCACCGCGGGAUCGACAGACCACAACCCUCCAGCUUUAAAAAGAAAAACAAAACAAGAAAACUGUUUAUUAAUUUGCACCUACAACACAAGAACAUUAGCAUCAACAGAAAAAAUGUUAGAUUUCAAAAACGCUAUUGAAACAAUUAAUUACGAUGUAAUUGGACUAUCAGAAAUUAGAAGACAAGGCUACAGUAUAGAAGAAGAUGAAACGCAUAUAUUUUGUUAUUACGGCGAAACACAGGGCCACCUAGGUGUCGGCUUUCUUCUACGGAAAAAGUACAAAAUAAACAUAAUGAGCUUUGUGGGCCUCUCUGAGAGAGUCGCUGUACUAAACCUACGAUUUGAAAACCAAACAAUGUCUAUUAUACAAGUCCACGCGCCCACUAGUGCCUCUCCUGAUGAAGACAUAGAAACGUUUUACCAUACUAUAGAGCAAGCGCAAUUGAUUUCGGAGAAAAAGCAAUUUAUAAUCGGAGAUUUUAAUGCGAUUACUGGUAUACCGAAAAAAGAAGAAAACUUCAUCACAGGAGACUACGGGUCAGGAGUAAGAAACAAGAGAGGACACAGACUUAUACAAUUCGCCACAGAAAACAAACUUACGAUAGUUAACACCUUAUUCCAUAAAAACUUUAAACAACGAUGGACAUGGAUAUCGCCGGACAAAAAUACAAAAAACGAAAUAGAUUAUAUUUUAACUACUCACUCGAAAACUAUUAGAAACUAUGAAGUCUUAACACCGAAGUUUCCGUCGGACCACCGUCUUCUACGCACAACAGUGAUGGUAUCAAAUCAGAAAGUAAUUAGAAGAAAAUUUCAAAAGCCCCUGCCACAUGUUUUUAAAAACGAAGAAGAUAGUAGUCGGUACAAAAAGAAAUUACAAGAAAACAUAUGUGCCUGA